GACAGCGUGCAGUGGAAAUUACGCCCAAGUUCGACAGGAAAUUGUGGUGGUAGCUCCCAUUUUGGAAUACGAAGCACUCUCCUGCAGAUUCCGAGGCGCAUUCUACGCUGUAGUGGCCCAUGAGAGUGUCGCCAGGGUGUUAAAUGAAUUGAUUAAAAGGGCGCUUCUGGAUGCGAGCGUGUGCAAGGUGUGCCCCGUGAUUGUUUCUCCCGCAGGAGACUCCUUCUCUGAAAUUCAUCCAGGAACACACAUCAUCAGUCGUCACGUUGGACGGAAAAAUAUUUUCGGCGGUGAACAAUUUCCUCACUGCAUCGUCAUUUGCCAAGGAAAUACGUCAAUUGAUCAUGACACGCCAAGCUAGUGAUCGUCCCGAUGGGGAUGAUUCACAGAGUCAGCAGCCACCGCCCGAUUCACAGUCCUCGCCGGCCAGUGGAUCGCAGAAUGUGUCUAUGGACGAACCCAGGAGUGCCAGUCCCAACUCCGAAGGCAACGUCUUCUUUGGCAGUCGCCCACGCACGACAGACUUGGCUGGGAAGCGUCGCCUCAUCUCUAAGAACCAAAUGAGAGACUUCCGUGAGGCGUUCCGUCUGUUCGACAAGGAUGGGGACGGAAGUAUCACAAAGGAGGAGCUGGGCAGCGUGAUGCGCUCCCUGGGGCAGUUUGCGCGCGUUGAUGAGCUGAAAGACAUGCUGCAGGAAAUUGAUAUGGACGGCGAUGGCAAUGUGAGCUUUGAGGAGUUUGUUGACAUCAUGUCCAACAUGACGGACUCCACUGUCGAGUCGGCGGCCGAUCAGGAGGAGCGCGAGCUUCGUGACGCCUUCCGGGUGUUCGACAAGCACAAUCGCGGAUACAUCACAGCUAGUGACUUGCGGGCAGUGUUGCAGUGCCUUGGCGAGGAUCUGGAUGAGGACGAGAUUGAGGAUAUGAUUAAAGAGGUGGACGUGGAUGGCGACGGUCGCAUAGACUUCUAUGAAUUCGUACAUGCCCUGGGUGAACCCGAGGACUCGCAGGAUAAUGAAGAGGAGGACGACGCCGUAUCGCCACUACCGACACCCCUUCCAAUCCGCUAAGUCACGUCACACAAAAUGAUUAUCAAUCAUUCCCACUCUCUCAGCGUCAACUGACCCCUCAACUGACCAACUUCACCGAAAACCCGCAGAGAAAUAAUUAAUUCCCAUACCCAGUCCUACGCCCGUGAAUUGCACAUACCCUCUCUCACGCCCACUGAGGUCACGCACUAUUCACCCACUGACCCACCUUUGGCACCCCCAAACAACCCCUCGCAUCCUGAGCAACAUAUCAGUUGAGCAAAAUUUCCUCAGAAGGAGCAUUGCAUUAUAAAUCUCAUCACAAUGAUCACAAUGGAAAAUGAAGAUUAACAUUUUAUCGUCCUAUUUGCUCGUACAACUUUUUGCGUGUGACAAUUUUAUCCGUAUUAAAAAAAAAGAAGAAAAAACUGAGAAAUUGUCAUACUACAAUUGAUCAUACUUUGGAAAGAAUGUCAAAUAGAAGAAAUCAAAAAAAGGAAAUCUAUACUUAACAAAAAUAACAUGAAAACUUGUAUCGUAAACUUAUGAGAUAUAGCGCAAAUUGAAAAUAUUUAUGGGCUCGAAUUUUAAAUGUAAGGGCACAAAUGUUGAAUUUCAACUUUGUACCAAUGUGUUUGUCUCUUUGAAACCUCCUUUGAAUUUGAAACAAGUCUAUUUCGGAAAUUUUGAUGUGAAAGAUCUUUGAAAAUAUCAUGUCUUUACACUAUUGAAGCAAAUUGAAGAGAUAAAGUUGUUAGUGUAACUCUCAGUGUGUCUAUAAAUAAAAAGAGAUAUUUCAAA